GCACACGGGCACGAGUCCCGCCCAGCUUUCUGACCAUCAUGGACUGCUUAUCAUCGGUUCGGAAGCUCGUUGUGGGAUCCCGAAGCUGCACCUCACAGCUCAGCCAAUACAAAGUCACAUUCUUGGUGAGAAUCUUCGAGAUGCUGUCUCGGCCCGGCCACCUAUUAGAUCGCCUGGAGCAAAGACAGCAGCUUGAGCCUCGAUCGACAAUCGUGAAAUUUCUUGAUACCACGCCUGUCUAUGCAUUUGUCCCUCUGUCCCAGCCCAGACUACCUCUUCAAUUGCCUGGGGCGAGGACAGGAGACGCACAAAUUUUCCUCCGCCGAUUCUUCAUAGUGGUGCGUAGCGAGCCGGUGCACCGUCGGGAUCCGAACGGUGUUGGAGCUGCUUGUAGGUGCCAGUCUCAGACCACGGGUUACGUCUGGGAGGUCGUCGACAGUUGAAUUGCCGAAUGGGUUUACGUCAAGGAUGGUAGCGACAGUCUGUAUCUAUUGUAAGCAGAGUGCGCAAAUGGAAAGAGAGCGCAAGGACAGAAGACUGGUAGAUCGUGGGGGAGGAAGAGUUGGGGGCGCGCACCUUGAGACAACGGGCACAGCGAGCGGGUGCACCGUCAGGAUGAGCCAAGUAGUGGUCAUAGCAGACAGUAUGCUGGCAUGGGACAAGACGGUGAGUCGGCUGUUGAACACAUGCGCCGCACUGGGUGCCUCCAAUGCGUGGGGCAGCCAUGCUUGCGCCGUUCUCGGCAGCGGUGACACUCAGUGCGGUGCAUCGAGUGGGAUGCUGCCCCGGCCCGGCCACAUAUUCGAUUGCCCGGAGCAUGGGCAGCACCACAUUGCGUAUGUGUCGACGGUUCCGGGCCAAGCCACCUCUUCAAUUGCCUGGACCAAGGACCGCCGUGCACCGACUUCCAUGAAGCUGAGAGAGAAAGAAAGGUCUACGUCGAUCGUGACGAUGAAAGAGGAAAGAGCGUGCAGUCCGACCGUGGUACUCGAUAACAGAAGUCAAGGGGCGCGGGAGAACCUGAUGGUGAACGUGGUGGGUAGGAAGCCCGUGAACUUAGGGUGGUGGUACCCGGUUGCGGACCAUCAUGUGACCCGGUGUUGGCUAUUGAUAAGACCCGCAGCUCGGGAGAAGAUGUGCAAGGCAGAACCCCGUUCGGCGGAGGUUUGUCCAUGCCAAUCACAUUGGCCACGAAGAUGGAUGCGAGGUAAGAGGUCGUAAUUGGCCAAGAUCUAUGAGUCUGUGGUCAACGAAGUCACAUGUCAAGCAUCGCAUGUGAUAGAGUAUGCGAAAACUCUCGACUACUUACCAAGAAGAGAUGAUAGAGGUGAGGUAACGAGGAGCAGCGACCUUGGAGAUCUUGGAUCGAGAACCAACUGAUGAAUCAAGGUGC